AUGCAGAAGACAGUGAACACUUUUCUGAAGGGAUGGGUUGCUGGAAACCAUACGACCUCGGAAGCCGCUCACUUUUAUUCCUUCACUUUUUCUGACAGAAGAAAAAAACAAGGAACUCUUCAAGGGAAUCGAGACGACCGUAUCAACAACAACAGGCGCAGAAAUGAAAUCAAUCGGUUGCGAAAUUGUUCGAAAUCAAUAUUUGAUGUGAGUGUGGAUGCUGGAAUUGCAGUGGAUUUGUUGGCAACAAGAAUAAUGUUCAAGUCAGCAGAAGCGGAUCAAAGAAGAGAAAGAUGGAUGCUUCAAAUAAAGUAG